AUGGACGGCUAUCAACUUCGAGCGGAGAUUGACCCACCUCAUCAGAGCGAUGUCAAAGCCGUUCUCUCCAUCAACCCCACCACCUUGGUCACCGCCUCGAGAGAUCAGACCGUUGGAGUAUGGUCAAUUCAACCUGACGGGCAAGUCCGACUUGCUUCUAUUCUUCGCGGUCAUGACGCCUACGUCAACUCUUUAGCCCAUAUACCUCCGAAUGCCAAUCACGAGGAAGAUCUCAUCGCAUCCGGUGGAAACUCUUCUCUCAUCCUUCUGCAUUCCCUCAAGACUUUAGAUCCUGAACCUGUCGAACAUCUAGCGGGACAUGGUCUAAAUGUCUGUGCACUUGCUUACAGCUCUAAAUUGGAAAAACUCAUCAGUGGUAGUUGGGAUACCACUGCUCGUGUAUGGUCUCGUUCUUCUGGAAGAUGGGACACGGAAGUCGUUCUGACAGGACACGAAGCUGCCGUAUGGGGAGUCGCGAUUCUUGAUGAGGGUUCGAGAACGGGAUGUUAUCUUACUGCCGAUCUUAUGAUCAAUCUCUGGAACGACAAAGGAGAAAUUUUAUCUCGUUUCAAAGGUUCUCCUGAGCCCGUUCGAAGUAUCGCCAUAUGUCCUGGUGGAGAGACUUUCAUCAGCUCAUGUAACGACGGACUCAUACGCUCGUGGGAUUUGACCGGAAGUAUCACCAGUGUAUACAAGGGACAUGAGUGUUACGUGUAUCAAGUUCUUUACGCAGGGAAAGAAGUAGUUUCUUGUGGAGAGGACCAUACUGCCAGGGUGUGGGAAGAAGGAGUCCUCAAAGCUACAAUCUCUCAUCCUUGUCAAACUGUUUGGUCUGUAGGGGUGUUACCUGAUGGAGAUGUGGUGACGGGGGGUUCGGACGGUAGAAUCAGGAUUUGGACCAAAGAGGAGUCACGAUUCGCUCCAGAAGAUAUCAGAGAGGCGUAUAGGGCACAACUUCAAGAACCCGUCAAUACCCAAAUCCCAGCAGCUGACUAUCGACAUCGACAUCAGCGACGAUAG